UUUUUUCUUAAAUUAAUAUUAAUACAUAAAUAUGAAGGACAACUGCCCUAAUAUAUGCUCCAAGAAGCCUACGAAAUUACGAAAUAAUAUUCAUAAAACAGAAUCUUUUGAUUUGUUAUGUAUUAAAAGUAUGGAAAAAACUUUAUGUUCCAAUCAAGUUUGUUUGGCUAGUGUUAUGUCUAGACCUACUCAUGGAAUAGAACUACGGAAACCUAAAGAAGUUUUAGAACAUGCAAAGGACUUUUUAGAACAAUAUUUUACUUCAAUUAAAAGAUUGAAUAGUGAUGUACAUAACCAAAGAUUGGAUUGCAUUAAAAGAGACACUUUAUUAACUGGUACAUACCAAUUAACAGAAACAGAAUUAAUCUUUGGUGCAAAACUAGCAUGGAGAAAUGCUUCUAGAUGUAUUGGCAGAAUUCAAUGGUCAAAGUUGCAGGUAUUUGACUGUCGGUACGUUACAACAACAAGUGGAAUGUUUGAAGCAUUAUGUAACCAUAUAAAGUAUAGUACAAAUAAAGGAAAUAUACGUUCGGCUAUUACAAUUUUUCCUCAAAGAAUUGAUGGAAAACAUGAUUAUAGAAUUUGGAAUCAACAAUUAAUAAGCUACGCUGGAUAUAAAAAUGAUGACGGGUCGGUUUAUGGCGAUGCAGGAAAUAUUGAAUUUACGGACAUAUGUAUACAAUUAGGGUGGAGAGGAGCGAAAACGUGCUUUGAUAUAUUACCUCUUGUUCUUUCUGCAAAUGGGCAUGAUCCAGAUUAUUUUGAUAUUCCAAAGGAACUCGUAUUAGAAAUUCCUUUAUCUCAUCCUAUAUUUCCGUGGUUUGAGAAUUUGAAUCUCAAAUGGUAUGCAAUACCUGCCGUAUCUAAUAUGGUUUUUGAUUGUGGUGGCUUAGAAUUUACUGCAGCACCAUUUAAUGGCUGGUAUAUGAGUACAGAAAUAGGUUCCAGAGAUUUAUGUGAUAUUAACCGAUACAAUUUAUUAGAGAUUAUAGCUUCUCACAUGGGACUUGAUACGCGAAUAUCUUCAUCACUUUGGAAAGAUAAAGCUAUGAUAGAAACCAAUUUAGCUGUACUGCACAGUUUUCAGACCAAAAAUGUUACAAUUGUUGAUCAUCAUACAGCUUCUGAAUCAUUCAUGAAACAUUAUGAAAAUGAAAUGAGAUUAAGAAAUGGAUGCCCUGCUGAUUGGAUAUGGAUUACUCCACCUCUAUCGGGAUCAGCAACUUCAGUAUUUCACCAAGAAAUGGCACUUUAUCAUUUAAAACCAUCUUAUGAUUUUCAAGAACCGGCAUGGAAAACUCAUACAUGGAAAAAAGGAAAAAAUGAUCAUUAUACAGUAAAGAAACCACGGAAAAAAUUUCAUUUUAAACAAAUAGCUAGAGCUGUAAAAUUCACUUCAAAAUUGUUUGGAAGAGCUUUAUCUAGAAGAAUUAAGGCUACGGUACUGUAUGCCACCGAAACAGGGAAAUCACAAAUGUAUGCAGAUAAACUUGGUGAACUUUUUAGUCAUGCAUUUCAUUCGCAGGUGAUAAGUAUGUCAAACUAUGAUAUAACUAAUAUUGAACAUGAAGCUCUACUGUUAGUUAUUACAUCAACUUUUGGCAAUGGAGAUCCUCCUGAAAAUGGAGAGAUAUUUGCACAAAGCCUAUAUGCAAUGAAGAUGAACGAUACCAUUUUUAACAAUGAGAAAAUAAUAAGUUUCAGUACAUCAAAAUCAUUUAUUAAAAUUAAUAGUCAAACUGGUAUUGAAAAAUCAAAAAAAAUGGAUAGACUCGAUUCAUUACGAGAAUCUAUAUCAGACUCACAAAUUGAUAAUACUUUUGGACCACUCAGUAACGUAAGAUUUUCAGUAUUAGCACUGGGCUCCUCGGCGUAUCCAAAUUUUUGCGCUUUUGGACGAUAUGUUGAUAAUCUCUUAGAUGAAUUAGGAGGUGAGCGUUUAGUUCAUCUAUCUCAAGCAGAUGAAAUGUGCGGUCAAGAGCAAGCAUUUAGACAAUGGGCUACUAAUGUAUUUAAUGUUUCAUGUGAAACAUUUUGUCUUGAUGAUGAUGAAACUUUAUUGGAAGCUGCUGUAUCACUAGGAUCUGAAGUAAUAUCAUCUACAACUGUUCGUUUUGUCAAAGCAGAAGCACAGUCAAUAAAUAAUGCUUUGAAAAGAUGCCACAAUCGAGAUAUUAAAAUAUGUAAUUUAUCUAAAAGAACAAAUCUAUGUAAGAAUCAAACAACAGGAGGCCAAACCUUAUUAUUGGAACUUAGUAACUUUAUCUCUGAAGAUAUCAAUUAUAAACCUGGUGAUCAUUUAGGAGUAUUUGCUUGUAACAGAAAUUGUCUUGUUGAUGGAAUUCUAAAACGCCUGAAUAAUGCAUUUGAUAUUAAUAUUCCUAUUGAACUACAAAUUCAAAAGCAAAUUCAUACGUCUAAUGAUAUCGUGAAAACAUGGAUUUCGCAUGACAAAUAUCAAGGUAACUCAUUAAAAACAUUGUUUACAAGAUUUAUUGAUAUAACUACUCCACCUACACCCAAUUUAUUGAGAUACUUUGCAUCAAUUUCAUCAUGUUCUAAGGAGAAAUCAAGACUAAAUCUUCUUGCAACUGAUUCUGUAGUAUAUGAAGAUUGGAGGCAUUCAAAAUUUCCAAAUUUAUUAGAAGUUCUUGAAGAGUUUCCAUCUGUACAGCCGUAUGCUCCACUACUUUUAUUACACUUAACUCCAUUGCAACCAAGAUUUUAUAGUAUUUCUUCAUCACCACUAAUUCAUAGAAAUGAAAUACAUUUAACAGUUGCUGUUGUGCAGUAUAAAAUACAAGGUGAUUCAGGACCUCUUCAUUACGGCGUCUGUUCAAAUUAUUUAAAAGAGAUAAAACAAGAAGAAUUAUUAUAUGUAUUUAUCCGCAGCGCGCCGAAUUUUUACAUGCCUAUUGAUCAGAAUGUACCAAUAAUAUUAGUUGGUCCUGGAACUGGAAUAGCACCAUUUCGAGGAUUUUGGCAUCAUCGAAAAGCUGAGAUGGAUUUAAAUAAAGAAAUUAAAUUUGGUAAGAUAUGGUUAUUUUUUGGAUGCAGAUUAAAGGAAUUAGAUCUUUAUAGAGAUGAAAAAGAUAAAAUGAUUAAAGAAUAUGUAUUGAAUAAAGAGUUUUUGGCAUUAUCUCGGGAGCCAGGAAUAAAAAGAACCUAUGUACAAGACUGGAUUCAUCUUGAAUCAAUAAAUAUUUAUAAUAUGCUUGUACAUCAAAAAGGACAUUUGUAUGUAUGCGGUGACUGUACAAUGGCUGAAGGUAUUUACCAAUCUCUCAAACAAAUUAUUAAAAUUCAUGGGAAAAUGUUGGAUGAAGAAAUUGAAACGUAUAUGUUAUCUUUAAGGGAUGAAAAUAGAUUUCAUGAAGAUAUAUUUGGUAUAACCCUUCGAACAGCGGAGGUUCAUAACAGAUCAAGAGAAACUGCUCGAAUAAAAUUGACAUCCAAACCUCAUAAUGAACAUUGAAAAAUUGUAAACAUUGACGUUCAAUUAAUAGUCAAUUUAACUAGCACAUCAAUUUUAUAAUUGUAUAAUUGUAAUAUUUUAA